AUGAAGAAGUACACUAUUCCAACGUACUUCAUGCCCACGCGAACACUUUCGAUGGGGAACCGGUACAUCACCGCGCUGGUGAUGCCUGUUCCCAUGGUGAUGACAAAGUACAUGGGGUGGAAGUCGACCAACAGCGUGUCGACGAAACACGCGAACCGGGACCGUUUGAACGAGUCGAACGAGCUGGAUGGUUUGAGCUCGGAAACUGGCAUUUGA